AUGGCGGCCCAUUUUGAGAACCUGCCAGACGAGCUCAAGCUGGCAACAGCAGCUCAUGUGAAAUAUAUCCAGAGCCUGGAUACCCGCAAAGACGAAUACGACUACUGGCUGACGGAGCACCUUCGUCUUAACGGCCUCUAUUGGGGUCUGACUGCGUUGCACCUGCUUGGUCAUCCUGAUGCGCUUCCCCGUGCUGAGACGAUAGACUUCGUUCUCUCCUGCCAGCAUGAGAACGGAGGCUUCGGGGCCGCACCUGGUCACGACGCUCACAUGCUCUAUACAGUUAGUGCUGUACAGAUUCUUGUCAUGAUCGAUGCUUUGGAUGAGCUGGAGUCGCGCGGCACGGGGAAGGCGCAAGUAGGCAAGUUUAUUGCCAGUCUUCAGAAUCGCGAUAGCGGGACUUUUGCGGGUGAUGAAUGGGGUGAGGAGGACACCCGCUUCCUCUACGGCGCGCUGAACGCUCUCUCACUUUUGGGUCUGCUUUCUCUGGUGGAUGUUGACAAAGCCGUAAAGCACAUUGCCGCCUGCACCAAUUUCGAUGGUGGUUACGGUGUCAGCCCUGGAGCCGAGUCCCAUUCAGGCCAAAUUUUCACUUGCCUUGCGGCGCUUUCCAUCGCUGGGCGGCUUGAUCUUGUCGAGAAAGAGAAACUUGGACGGUGGUUAAGUGAGAGGCAGGUGCCCGCAGGCGGCCUCAAUGGACGGCCCGAGAAGGAUGAGGACGUCUGCUAUAGCUGGUGGGUGCUGAGUAGUUUAAGCAUUAUUGGAAAGACGCACUGGAUCGACCGACAGAAGCUCAUUACUUUUAUUUUGAAGUGUCAGGACACUGAGCUUGGUGGCAUCUCAGACCGUCCUGGGAACAUGGUGGAUGUGUGGCACACGCUGUUCGGCCUCACAGGACUAAGCUUACUAGGACAUCCGGGCAUGGUGGAGGUUGACCCGGUGUAUUGCAUGCCUAAGUCAGUGAUUGAUAAGGCGCUGGGUAAUAUAUCAUGA